AUGCCUCCCAAGAAACAGACACCCAACUCCACUAAGAAGCGACCACACUCUGAAUCCCAAUAUGAGCCCCCUGAUUGUGCGCGGAGGGUCACUCGUCGCUCGACAGCUUCCGCCCGAGCGAGAGUCGGUCCGCAAUCUCCACCUCACACAUCGCCGUCGGUCAGACGAGAACAGACUAUUGCCCGUUCAUCCAAGCCGCUUCCCGUAUGCAGUCCUGGCGGUGAGCCAGAAGCGCAAGCCAAUGUUACGCCGAAAACACCUCGAUCUCUUGUCAAAUUUGCUGUUCAACCUCACAACCCUCCAAUCGAGCGCGCCGUGCCAUCGACUCCGCCUAUAGCCCUUUCCAAACACUCAUGGGCAUCACGUUCAGCUGUCCUGAUCAAUAGAGGUGGCUUCAAUACGCCCACGAGUGAGCCAACAGGCUCGUCAAAAAGCACCAAGUGGGCAGACGCGAUAGGCCAGAUCAGCAAGAUGUACAGUUACAAGCGCAUACCUGAGAAUCAGGUCCGUCUUCUACUCAUAAAGCCUGGUUCCUUCGACGAUCAGAUCAACGCUUCACUGCUGGUCGUAAGUGACGAUGACCUGGGAAGCGAGCACUUUCCUUACUCUGCCCUUUCGUACAAUUGGGGCAACAGCAACGACGACAACACCAUCAUUGUUCAGGAUGAUCCAGCUUCAAUUCCUGUCAAGUCUAUCGCGAAGGCAGUCGGUGCUCUUCAAGCAAUCGCGCGGGACAAGAUGAUUAAGGUGAAACCGAAUCUCUACGAAGCGCUCAGACACCUGCGGAAAGAAACCCACACCGUCGCGCUUUGGGUAGAUGCGCUGUGCAUUAACCAGUUUGACAACAAGGAGAAAGAAGAACAAGUGCUCAAGAUGGCGCAAAUUUAUCGCAAAGCCUACAAUGUCAAUGUGUGGCUCGGUUCUGAUAGCCCCGGUGACUUGGUUCCGAACAGGGCCAUGGCUUUUAUUCCAAAGGUCAUUGACCCGGACAACCUCUCCGAGCUUUUGACUGGCGACAACUAUACCAAAGACUGGGCAAGUUUGUACGAACUUCUGAAAUGGAGCUGGUUUUCGAGACGCUGGGUUAUACAAGAGCUGGCGUUCGCUCAGUCCGCUUCGGUUCACUGCGGCAAGCAUGUGCGCGAUUGGAGUGACUUCCAAACUGCUAUCGCCAUCUUCCACCGACACUUUGACGUCUUGAAGUCUCGACUCAUGCUGCAUUACGAAUCUUCUCAAACCAAGCGCAGUUACUUGAACGAUGAUUCAACUCUGGAGAUCGAGCAUCUUGGUGCCAAGCUGUUGGUGGACAUGACAUCGACUCUGUUUCGUAAGCGUACCGAUGGCUCGCUGGAGUCUACGAGAGGGUUAGAGAGCUUGGUAUGCUCUUUGGCGGGGUUUGAUACGUCUGAUCCGCGCGAUACGAUCAACGCCUUUAGAAGCAUAUCGAAGGAAGUGACCAGGUACGACUUGCGACUCGCAGAAUCCCACAAGCUACCGCCCACCCCAAAUUACAGCCAUGAUCUUUUCGAGAUCUAUCGCGACUUUGUUCAAUGGGUCAUAGAGACCACGGGAUCCAUUGAUAUAAUCUGCCGCCACUGGGCGCUUAAGGAGCGGAAAGAACCAACGCCGACGACGCCUCGGCUCGUUCAUCUCCCUUCUUGGAUCCUGUUCGCGGAAGACUCUGCCUGGGGAAAAGGUGAAGACAUGUUUCGUGGUCGAAAGGCCGGUGAUAGCUUUGUUGGUCUACCUGGCAGCAACAACUACAAUGCCUGUGGCAGGCGGUACAAGCAAGCCGAGGUUACAUUUCCGCAGAGCCCAGUCCAACGCAGUUCCACAAUACCAGCUCAGGUCACUCACGACAUGUCAAUGUACGUCAAAGGUGUCAUGAUCGGGUCGGUCUCGUUCCGCACCGAUCCGUUUCCGGAUGGCGUAAUCACCAAAGACUGCUUGGAAUGUCUAGGCUGGGUUUUCGACAAAAAUGCCAAAGAGAUCGCCGAAGUUCCUGCUAAGCUCUGGCAAACACUAGUCGCAGACCGUGAUCCGCAAGGAGGCCCACCUCCUCCUUGGUACAAGACAGCAUGUCAGCACUGUCUUGCUUACCAAACAAACAACGGCCACAUAAACCUCGGCAAUAUACUACGUCGAAAGCUCCAGACCGGUUCUCAAGACCUAGUGUACGACUACCUCUGUCGCGUACGCGCCGUCACAUGGAACCGAUCUUUCCUCAGAGGCGAUCCUAUCUGUAGUGCUGCGUCCAAGGAUUGCGGCUCGAACCACGACGAGCUCGUUGGCUUCGGACCACCUUUGACUGAAAGAGGGGAUGUGAUUGCCAUUUUGUAUGGUGGCAGCGUUCCCGUAAUCCUCCGACCAACUGAAAAUAGCUCGGGUGAUCACCUUGGCUAUCGAUUCGUCGGGGAGACAUACAUCUACGGUAAGAUGGACGAUGAAGCCUUCGGGGUCCAUUGUCAAGAAGAAACUUUCAAGCUACUCUGA